AUGGCUGCUACAGCCCUGGGAAAUGACAGGAUAGCCUCCCUGGAUUUGAAAAUAGCAACGAUCCUCCUAUUCCAGACGGUUGUUAGAAUCCUGGGGAAUUUCUCACUCACGAUUCAUUACAUCCUCCCUCACUUCUAUGGAUACAGGUCACGGUCCACAGACUUGAUCCUCAGGCACCUGACGGUAGCCAACUCCUUGGUCAUUCUCUCUGCAGGAGUGCCCCAGACAUUGCUUGCUUUUGGGUUAAAACAUUUCCUCAAUGAUUUUGGAUGCAAACUUGUUUUAUAUCUUCAAAGGGUGGCCAGAGGUAUGUCCAUUUGUACCACCUGCCUCUUGAGUGUCUUCCAGACCAUCACCAUCAGCCCUAUGCACUCCAGGUGGGCAGAGCUUAAACUAAAAGCCCUGAAGUACAUCAGUCCCUCCAGUAUCCUCUGCUGGACACUACACAUGUUGGUCAAUGCCAUUGUUCCUAUCUAUGUGUCUGGGAAAUGGAGGAACAAUACCAUCAUAAAGAAAACUGUACUGGAAUACUGCUCUACUACACAGCAUGACAAUGUGACAAUCUCACUUUAUGCAGCAUUCGUAUCCUCCCAUGAUGUUUUCUAUUUGGGAUUCAUGUCCUGGGCCAGUGGCUCCAUGGUUUUCAUCCUGUACAGACACAAGCAGAGGGUCCAACACAUUCAUAGGAACAACAUCUCCCCCAGAUCCUCUGCUGAAACCAGGGCCACCCAAAGUAUCCUUGUCCUGGUGAGCACCUUUGUAUCAUUUUAUGCCCUCUCUUCCAUUAUUUAUGCUUAUUUAGCUCUCUUUGAUAGUCCCAGUUGGUGGCUGGUGAACAUGUCUGCGUUAAUCACGGCGUGCUUCCCAACAAUCAGCCCCUUUGUUCUCAUGAGCAGUGACUCCCGUGUACUGAGACUUUGCUCUGUCUGCUGUGGAAGGAAUAUACAAUUUCUAUCUCUCAUAAGAAAAUGAUAGUAAUACAUACAUUUUGUACCAUGUUCAGUCAUUGAUGAGCACAUCCCUCACAGAACCUUAAGAACAAUUACUGGCUAGUCUCACUGCAGAAAGAGUGGUGAACUAGGCAGACUGAGGCUAUGCCCCGAUGAUAAACAGUAAAUAAUAGUAGCAAUAGUAAACGAAAUCUGAUGUCAGUGUUAUAUAAGUACUUAUAGAGUUGUAUUUUAUUAAUGGUUGCAAUGGAGAUGUUCAGAGCCUGCACAAUGACAAAGGUUAGUCGAGAAAUAAUGUGUUUGUUCUUGCUAGUUGCUGUCAAGUCAGCUUCUACUCGUAAUGACCUUAUGUAUAACAGAAUGAAAUGUUGCCUGGUCCUGCACCAUCCUCACAAUAGUUGGUAUAUUGGAGCCCAUUGUUGUAGCCACUAUGUCAAUCCAUCUCUUUGAAGGUCUCCCUCUUUUUCAUUGACCCACUACCUUACCAAGCACCAAGUCCUUCUCCAGUGAUUGGUCCCUCCUGAUGAUGUGUCCAAUGAAAGUAAAACCAAGUCUGCCCAUCCUUGCUUCUAAGGAGCAU